ACAUCUUGAGAUUUGGAUUCCUUGGUUUGCAACUGCCUAAGUGCUGGGAUGGGAUGGGCUGGGCUGGGCUCUGCGGCGGCUGACUGGCAUUUGGCGCUCCGAUUAAGCGCCUCCCUUUGAAAUCUACGCCCUCUUUUUUUUUUUUUUUUAAACCAGGUAUGAUGAUGUCAAACGUGAUGCUGAUGCUACAGUUACAGACACGGCCCCUGCUGGCGCAGCCUCUCUGAUUCUCUCUUCCUCUCCACGUCCAGCGCUGGGUGGUUUUUUUUUUUUUUUUCAGACAAGUGCAUCUCCUAACCAGGUCACAUUUCAGCAGCGACCCACUAUCCGUCUGUCAUCGGAGUCAGACCGCAGGAGGAAGGCUGAGGAAGACGAGGACAUUUGCCUCGCCAGCUGCGGGGUGGGUAGAAGGACAUUAAAAUACUGCAGAAGUCAAGACUCCCCCACCCUCCAGGUUGAAUUCAGACCACGAUGUGCGCUCGGGGCUGCGGGCGGCUGGCGCUGCCGCUGCUGCUGCUCUCGGCAGCUGCCCUGGCCGAAGGCGACGCCAAAGGGCUCAAGGAGGGCGAGACCCCCGGCAAUUUCAUGGAGGACGAGCAAUGGCUGUCGUCCAUCUCGCAGUACAGCGGCAAGAUCAAGCACUGGAACCGCUUCCGAGAUGAGGUGGAGGAUGACUACAUCAAGAGCUGGGAGGACAAUCAGCAAGGAGAUGAAGCCCUGGAUACCACCAAGGACCCCUGCCAGAAGGUGAAGUGCAGCCGUCAUAAAGUGUGCAUUGCCCAGGGCUAUCAGCGGGCCAUGUGCAUCAGCCGCAAGAAGCUGGAGCAUAGGAUCAAGCAGCCUGCCGUGAAACUCCAUGGAAACAAAGACACCGUUUGUAAGCCCUGUCACAUGGCCCACCUUGCCUCUGUCUGCGGCUCUGAUGGCCACACUUACAGCUCAGUGUGUAAGCUGGAGCAGCAGGCGUGCCUGAGCAGCAAGCAGCUGAUGGUGAGAUGCGAGGGCCCCUGCCCCUGCCCCACAGAACAGGCCGCCACCUCUGCCUCUGACAGCAAACCAGAGGCGUGCACCGGUCAGGACCUGGCUGACCUGGGGGAUCGGCUGCGGGACUGGUUCCAGCUCCUUCAUGAGAACUCCAAGCAGAAUGGCUCAGCCAGCAGUGGAGCCAGCCCGGCCAGUGGGCUGGACAAGAGUCUGGGGGCCAGCUGCAAGGACUCCAUCGGCUGGAUGUUCUCCAAGCUGGACACCAGUGCCGACCUCUUCCUGGACCAGACCGAGCUGGCUGCCAUCAAUCUGGACAAGUACGAAGUCUGCAUCCGCCCUUUCUUCAACUCCUGCGACACCUACAAGGAUGGCCGGGUUUCCACCGCAGAGUGGUGCUUCUGCUUCUGGAGGGAGAAGCCUCCCUGCCUGGCAGAGCUGGAGCGCAUCCAGAUCCAGGAGGCUGCCAAGAAGAAGCCAGGGAUCUUCAUCCCAAGCUGUGACGAGGAUGGUUACUACCGGAAGAUGCAGUGUGACCAGAGCGGCGGAGACUGCUGGUGUGUGGACCAGCUGGGCCUGGAGCUGACUGGCACCCGCACACACGGGAGCCCCGACUGCGACGACAUCGUGGGCUUCUCAGGGGACUUCGGGAGCGGUGUCGGCUGGGAGGAUGAGGAGGAGAAGGAGACAGAGGAAGCAGGAGAGGAGACAGAGGAGGAGGAGGGCGAGGCGGGCGAGGCGGAUGAUGGCGGCUACAUCUGGUAGACGGCCCGCGGGGAGCCGGGGCAGGCCAGGGUGCUGACGGCCGGCGGGACACGGCAGCAGAGACCUGGACAGAAGCAGGCAGAUUACAAAUGGAUCCAGAAAUACAGUCAAAAGGACCCUGACUCCAAUGGGGAGGACCGGACGUGUGAAUGUGCAUGGCACUUGUGUGGGUGUAUGGCCAGGAUGUAUGACUGUGUAUGCGUGUGUGUGUGUGUGUGUGUGUGUGUGUGUGUGUGUGUGUGGCAUGCACUGACAAAUGUGUCCUUGGUCCACACUGCUACUGGCAGAGGGUCACCCAAAGGCCCCUAAGGCCCCUGUAGUUGUUUUCUUCCAUUUGUUAGUUUUGAAAUAUGCACAUUCACACAUACACACACCCUGCAAGGUGAAAAUUGAUUCAAAAUGGAUUCUGUGCCCUUUGCCAGCCCCCCAGCCCCAUCCAAGCUGCCCUGUCACCCUGGGGUUCCUGGUCCUGGCUUUCUGUCCUUGCCUCAAUCAGCCCUGCAUCUCCUGCCCCUGCCCGUCCCCCCUCCCUUCUGGAGUCAGGCCCUGGCCUGGUGGGAUGAGUCCUCGCUGCAGAGGGGAGGGAGGGCAGGGAGCUGUCUGCUGGCCAGUUUGACUCUGACAUUCCCCCUCCUCAGACUCAGAUGAGGUGAGUCGGGCACCCACCUUAGGGAGCCCUUUCCCUCUUCUGGACUCUCCUCCUAACCCAGGCCAGGCUGAGAAGAACCUGGGGGCAGAAGCUGAGAGGUAGGGGAGGAGAAGGCCUUGCCAGGCUGCUGGGAUGGUGAGGGGGGCCCAUGUGCGGGAGGGGAGGGGCCAGCGGGAGCUAGCUGCCUUUGCAGAUCCAGGCAGAGCCCUUAGGAGUAGAGACAGGGCCGCCUGGAAUGCCCUUUCCUGCAGCUCUCACAUGGGGGCCUGGUCUGUGCUGUUCUGUGGAGGCAGUGGGUGGUAGUUAUGCAGCUGGGCUCCCCCUGUCCCUGUAGGGGGGGCAAACCCUCCCCAUCUCCCUGGUUGGGGUCCCCACUCCAGGAACCUGAAGAUCAGGCAGCAGAUAAAGGGCCUGGGUCUUGCUAAUGGGUGUGCCACCUCCUCCCUGACCCAUAAAUGCUUCCCUCCCAUCCACACUGACAAAAGGCAUUGUCCCUGACAUCCUGUGACGGAGGGGACAGCUGCAGCCUUCUGCCCUCAGAGACCACAACAUUUCCCCGUCUCUCCUCCGAGAGAGGCACCCCUGGGCCAUUUCCAGCCCCAGUCCUCUCAGCUCCUCCGCUUCCCCCCCUCCCCUCUGAGGGAUCCUAGGGCUGCUGUAGUGGAGGGCCUCUCAAGCUCUGAGGUGUUUAGGGUUGUGAAAAGUCAGAGGGGACGGGUCUGGGGUAGCCAGAUCUGAGGCCCUGUCUCAGUGCUUCCCCAAAUCUUCUUACCAGGUGGGAGCCAGGGUGGAUGAGCAGGUACCCCAUGGUUUGUUUUUUUUUCCCUACUCUGUCCGGUUCUCCCUGUUGAUACAAAUUUCCUAACACUUUGGUAAAGAAUUUCUUUCCUGGGUUUGGGCCUCUGAUGCCCUUUGGUGUAUGGCGAGUGCUGUGUGUGUGUGAGUGUGUGUGUGUGAGUGUGUGUGAGUGUGUGUGUGUGUGUGAGUGUGUGCGUGAGCCAAGGGACCAUCCCUGGGGGCCUGGCGUGUGAGGAGGAGCACCCUGUGUGCUGGGUGGUGGCAGGUGUGGGGUCCAUGUGGUGAGGUUCCCUGGGCAAGCCUCCCAGCCUGGCUCCCUGGCUUCUUUAGUUCCACCCUGGGAUUCACAUCUUCCAGGUCCUCCCUUAAGGGGAAAUAACGAAACUCCAGUUAGCCCCAUGAACCGCUUCUCAUUCUCCAGCACAGUUCUGGUCGUUAAGGUGUCCCGCGCUGCUCCAGAUCCCCCUUGCCCAUCUCCCGCUCCCCCCUUCCCAGCCUCCCAGCCCACCCUCUGGUCCCCUGCUCGGUUCAGGGAAAUACGUCAGCGCAGCCCCUCUCAGAGCUACUUGAAACUUCGUGCUCUCACUAGGAUUGGAGUCUGUCUCUUUCCUCCCUCUGCCCUGGCUCAGACUUCUGGAACCAUCUCCUGGGCGCAGCUGUUGAGGAUGCUGGGGCAGCCUGGGGUGGGUGAGGGGCGCCCCUCUCCUCUCACAGUGGCCCUCCCCUCCUGGGGGCACGCAUCCUCUCUGUGUCUCUGGGUCUUCCGGCUGUGCACAUUUUUAUGACCUUGUAAAUAUGUUGUAGAAAGAAAGCAAAAGACGCUGAACUAGACCCUGGUGGGACUCAGAGGUCCAGCCUUGCCCUGUCUGAAGCCCCUACGCUGCUUUACCCCACUUUCUGGGACCGAGGCCCCCCCCAAAGUUAGACCAAGCAGCUUGAGCCCAGUGGGCUAAAGGCCUCAGGUGACUUCCUGUCGGACGAGGUGCAGGUUUCCUUGUGAGCAAGGUUGCAGGGGUGUCCUUCCUCACUCCUUGGAUGUGUGCCCUUGACCAAGCUGUCUGCCACCCAGCCUCUUCUGCAUCCCUCUCUCUGUGUCCUCUCUCUGUCCUGUCCCCCCUCCCCUGGCUUAGGCAGGCAGUGGAAUUUGAGCUGUGUUGAAAAGAGCUCGACCAGAUUUUCAAAGAAAUUUCUGGCCUGACUCUGGAGCUGCCCUUGGCCACCCCAGUCUCCUUUCCCCUGGGCACUGGGAGAGACAGUCACGUCUAAAUGGGACAGGUUGGAGUCAGAACAAACAAAUGUGCCUUGAGAGACCACUCAGAGAGGGUUCAGGGCGAUGGGGAAGGAGGUGUGGGAGCUCAGGAAGGAGGAGGAGGGAAGCACAGCCAAUGAGAGGGUGAGGGGGCGUGACUGCACCCCAUUAUCCCCCUGGGGCUGUGACCACAUGUGGCCAGUGGUCACACUUCCAUCCUCAUGCCACCCCACCUGGGCAGGCCACCACUCACCUCUCAUGAGCUCCAUGUGCUUUCAGCUUCACCAGAGUGGGUGGGGGUCCAUGGGGAUCAACCUGGGGACCCUCCAUUUCACCAAAGCCUCACCCUCAGCCCUUGGGGAGAAUGAAUGGCUAAUCCACUGUCCCCCGGCUUCAUCAUGAGGCUGUGGACUGGCAGGGGUCAAAGGGAAGAGACACUGGGGGUGCAAAAGGAGACUGGAGACAUCCAAGGAAGUCCCAAGCAGAGCAAAUUGCUUUAUAGCCUGAAGCCUACUUAAACUGUGUUAUGUGCAAUAACUGAGCUUAGAGUUAAGAAUUGUGUUCAAGUGCUUGGAUUUCCGUCUGUAUAUUUAAGUGCUGAAACUGUAUCUCUCAGUAAUUUUAGAUGUCUUAAAAAAAAAAUCGAAAAACAAAGUGUUAGACCGUGUCUGUGCAUUGAUGGGCACUCAAGCGUCCCGUGGGUCACCCACCCUCUCCCUCUCCCCAGUGCCCCCCCUCCCUUUCACACACCCCCUCCCCCCCACCUCAACUUGGGGACCCUGCCUCGUGUUGUCUUUAUCUGCCUAUUAACUCAGCCUAAGAAAGCAAGUACACUUCACACAUGCAUAAAGGAAAUCAAAUGUUAUUUUUAAGAAAACUGAAAAUAAAAACUUUAUAAACACCA